UGAAUUGUACUUUUGUAAAUUAGAUCGAAUUGAUCAGAGAAACCGCUUACGUACGCAGCAGCAAGGUUUUGAAUGAAAAUGAAGGGCGUGAAAGAGACAGCCGGCAACAUCGGCGCCUCGGCAGUAUCUGGGAUGGAGAAAACCAAAGCCGUCCUUCAAGAAAAGGUGGAAAGGAUGACAGCGCAUGAUCCACUCGAAAAAGAGAUGGCAACGCAAAAGAAAGAAGAACGGAUCAACCAGGUCGAGCUGGAGAAGCGAGAGAAAUUAAUGGCACACAAAGCCGAGGCGGCUACCGGCGGAGCCGGGAAAUCCUACUCAUAUUCUGCUACCGGGGCAGCAGGGCAUCCGACUGGCGCUCAUCAGAUGUCAGCCAUGCCAGGGCACAGCACUGGAGCUCCGGUGGGAGAGGUGGUCGAAGGGGUGGUGGAGUCUCACCCAAUUGGAACCGCCAUGGCAGGGACCACGAGGCCGGAGCACCACCCCUCAUAAUAAUACAAAUGCCUCUGGCACCAGAGGCUAUGGCACCGAGGCACUUAGAGUUGAACUUAUUGUUACUGUGCGUGACUGCAUUUCUAAUAAAUAACAAGUGCUCUGUAAUAAAUUACAGACUAGUAUGAUAUGCUAUGUAAGAGCAGACAUUACACUACAUGCAUGAAUAUGGAGACAGCUCUCCACCCCUGGGGUUGUUCUUGAAAAUCAAGAGAAUCAAGAGAUGACAUGAUAAAAGUUUCAGAUUGACAUUGACUGAGAUAUGGGGUUCUUGGAAUAUGAGACAAUGGCAUCCCCUCUAACUCUUCUGGCAUAACCUAGCAGCCUAGAAGUAGGUGUAAUUUUCAUGGUCAGCGAGUGUUCAACUUCCUUCUUACAGAAAAAUAAAAUUUUGGUUUACCGAUAAAGUUUGCUCUGGAC